AUGGGCACGGCUUGGUGCCCUGGCUUCCUCCGAGGUCCCCGAGGGCAAGGGAGGCUGAUGUGCUCUGAGUCACCUGGCCGCGGUGACAGAAGUGGGCUGAAGGAAUGUCACUGCCAGCACGCCUGCUCCUCCUGCUCCUGGCGAGGGAUCCCAAGGGGCGCUAGUUCAGGUACAGGGGCUUCCCAUGAGGAUAGGUGUGGUGAGGUGCAUCCCACCAAAGGUGACCUCCUUCUGAAAGAGUCCGAGAAACGAGGACAGGCGGUUGCUGCCCUUUCCUUCCCAGCCCCUGCAGGCAGAGGAGAAUAUUUCUCCCCUCGCCCCUGUGCUACCCCCAGCCCAGUGCAGUGCCCUGUGCCCCAGUGCUGGGAGCCACGAUGCGACACAGCUGCAGAAGUGACCCCUGAGGACUGUGGAAACCCCACAGCAAACAACACGCCAUGUCGUGAUGUUUUCAGGGGGCAGAGAGGUGUGAGGCCUCGAGAGCUGGGAAAGGAGGAUGGAAGGAGGGAAGUUAGGGUGGAAGAGAGAACUAAGGGGAAAGAGAAAGAGUGGAAAUUUCACAGAGGAGUGGGGAAGGUGUACUUGAGGACAAAGCAUGGUGCAGACAGAGAUACAACAGUAGUUGGUAAAGCAGGGAGAGAAGAAGGGAGGGCAGGGUGGAUCGGCAUGGAUCCUCCUCCCAGGUACCUUAGAGAUUCCUGUAAUAUGAGGAUAGAUAAAGCACUUGCUCUGUUACAGGACUAUGAAAGGAUUAUGGAAGUACUGGAGUUUAUGCGUGCCCCUCAUACUCGGUCUUUGCUCAGUGUAUUUGAAGAAGAUGCAGGAACCCUUACUGAAUAUACAAACCAGUUGCUUCAGGCAAUGCAACGAGUCUAUGGUGCUCAGAAUGAAAUGUGUCUUGCCACACAACAGCUUUCGAAGCAGCUCCUUGCCUAUGAAAAGCAGCAUUUUGCAUUAGGUAAAGGAGAUGAAGAAGUGAUAUCCACCCUUCAUUACUUUUCCAAAGUUGUGGAUGAGCUCAAUAUUCUUCAUUCUGAACUGGCAAAACAGCUUGCAGAUACAAUGGUUCUACCAAUAAUACAAUUUCGGGAAAAGGAUCUCACAGAAGUAAGCACGUUGAAGGAUCUGUUUGGCCUUGCUAGCAAUGAACAUGACGUGUCCAUGGCAAAGUAUAGCAGGUUACCGAAAAGGAAAGAAAAUGAAAAGCUUAAGGCAGAAGUGGCAAAAGAAGUGGCAAAUGCAAGAAGAAAGCAGCACCUUUCAUCUCUGCAAUAUUACUGUGCCCUGAAUGCUCUGCAAUACAGGAAGAGAGUUGCAAUGAUGGAACCUAUGCUAGGAUAUACACGAGGACAGAUCAACUUUUUUAAGAAAGGAGCAGAGAUGUUUUCCAAAAGAAUGGACAGCUUUUUGUCAUCUGUUUCAGACAUGGUUCAAAGCAUACAGGGAGAGUUGGAUGCUGAAGCUGAAAAAAUGAGGGUAUCCCAGCAGGACUUAAUUGCCGUUAAUGAAUCUGUUUACACCCCAGAUUCUGAUGUAACUUCACCUGCUAUCAAUAGAAAUCUCAUCCAGAAGGCUGGCUACCUUAAUCUUAGAAACAAAACAGGUCUGGUGACUACAACUUGGGAAAGACUGUAUUUCUUCACUCAAGGUGGCAACUUGAUGUGUCAGCCAAGGGGAGCAGUAGCUGGAGGAUUGAUUCAGGACCUGGACAACUGCUCUGUUAUGGCUGUAGACUGUGAAGACAGAAGAUACUGCUUUCAGAUCACUACUCCUACAGGCAAAGCGGGUAUAACCCUUCAAGCAGAAAGCAAGAAAGAAUAUGAGGAGUGGAUUUGUGCCAUCAACAACAUCUCCAGACAGAUCUAUCUCACUGACAAUCCAGAGGCAGCUGCAAUCAAGUUAAAUCAGACAGCCCUACAAGCAGUGACACCCAUUACCAGCUUUGGGAAAAAACAUGAAGUUCACCGCCCCAGCCAGAAUGUAAAGAAUAUGGAAAAUGAUAAAAUAAUUUCCAGUGAAUCGGCUGGCAUUGAAGACUCCACACAACUCAUUGCUCCUGGAACACCGAUUCAAUUUGAUAUUGUACUGCCUGCCACAGAAUUCCUGGACCAGAACAGAGGUGGCAGACGUGCAAACCCAUUUGGGGAAACUGAAGACAGCAGCAAAGAUGAGGAGGAAGAUUCACUCUUGCAGCAGAUGUUCGUAGUUCGGUUUUUAGGAUCUAUGGCUGUUCAGUCAGAUGCCACAAGUGAGGUGAUUUAUGAAGCUAUGAGACAAGUGUUGGCUGCUCGCGCCAUUCACAACAUAUUCCGUAUGACUGAGUCCCAUCUCAUGGUCACCAGCAAGAACCUGAGGUUAAUAGAUCCUCAAACCCAAGUUACACGAACAAGCUUUGAACUCGCCACUGUGACACAGUUUGCUGCUCAUCAGGAUAACAGGCGACUGAUUGGCUUUGUGGUCCAUCUCAGCGAGACUCUGGGAGAAGAAUCCAUGAGUGCAUAUAUUUUUGAGAGCAACACAGAAGGGGAAAAGAUUUGUUAUGCCAUUAGCUUGGGAAAAGAGAUCAUUGAGGCACAGAAGGACCCAGAAGCGCUAGCUCAGCUAAUGAAGUCUGUGCCAUUAACAAAUGAUGGGAAGUUCAUGCUUCUGAACGAUCAGUCAGAAGAGGAUGGAACCAUACAUGAAGAAGGGGAGGAGUCAGAAGCAUAA